GUGUUCGAUGCAAUCAGCUCACGUCAACACAGCACGCAAAAAAUGCAGUCCCCCGCGAGAGUUCCCUUUGUGUUUCUGUGCUUUCUGGUGGCUGGAGUUAUGGGUCAGGAUGUAAGGCCCGAGUUUCCAGAGUAUUUUAUGCCACCCACCACACAGGUGCCACCUACGACAAUAUCAACGGAAGAUCCUACAACAAUUGCAAAUGAGGAAACUACUAUUAUUGCAACUGAAGAAGCCACAACUAUGCCAACGGAAACACCCACAGAGGAACCUGCAACAAUUGCAACAACUCCAGCAGAAGUGUCAAUAAUUUCAACAACGGAACCCACAACGACAAGUUCAACAACAGAACCUACCACUACAAAUCCACCAACAACAACAGCAUCGGAAGUUCCUACAACAAUUGCAAAUGAGGAAACUACUAUUAUACCAACAACUUCAACAACAGAACCCAGCACGACUGCUCCAACAACGACCACCCAAAGUGAACCCAUAUAUCCCACCUACUUACCACCCUCCACCACCUCGAGGCGUCCUUUUUACCCCAACAACAAUCCUUGGAGUUGGGAUGAACCCGCAGAGCGCUGCUAUCUGAAGGAGCAGCACGAGUACGUGACGAACUGUUGGGGCUUUGGCUGGACAUCGGCGUUUACUUGUUAUCGCUGCUGCUACUACCCCAAUAGCAACUUUGCUGGCUGCAGUAGACUCCAUCGGGGACGUUGUUGGUGGUUUGACUAAGGGAAAGCGUAGGGAAAACACAUGUACAUAUAGAUUGGAAGCAAAUACCAUUAAAAUAAAGUAAUAAACUGUAAAGAUAAAA